CAAUAUAGAGUUAGUUGAGGAAAUUGUAACCUAGCAAUUUAACUCCUGAUAAGAAGGGUCCAACCCCUAUAGCUAAAAAAAAAGACCUAAAAUAGCGAGAGUUCCCCCACCCCCGCUGAUAGGCGAUACAACUUCAAUACUAUAAAUAUGCAAUUAUUCCUUUGAAUAUCAAAUUAGAAUAAUUUUUCAGUUAGAUCUUAAUUGAUAUAUAUUUUUCUUUUUCUAUAGUUCGGCAAAGUCAUCGAAAAGUCAUUGACAUUGUUGAGAUCAGUAGUGAGUGAAUUAUUGUAGUUAGCGGAUCGGCAUUUACUCCACAAAAUAAUUGACAUAAAAUAUUAACUAUGGUUAUUACUUCACAAAUUAAUCCUGCUGUAGGUCCAUUACCUACCAAAGCUCCUAAAUUAGCUUCUAAUGUGUUAGACUUAUUCUCCUUAAAGGGAAAAGUUGCCACUGUUACUGGAUCUUCUGGUGGGAUCGGUUAUGCUGUGGCUGAAGCAUUUGCUCAAGCUGGGGCUGAUGUAAGUAUUUGGUAUAAUAGUAAGCCUGCUGAGGGAAAAGCCGAAUAUUUAUCAAAAACUUAUGGUAUUAAAGCUAAGGCUUAUAAGGCUGAUAUUGCCAAUGCUGAUGAGGUUGAAAAAACCAUAUAUCAAAUUGAAAAGGAUUUUGGACGUAUUGAUAUCUUUGUAGCCAAUGCAGGAAUUCCAUGGACUGAUGGUGCAUGUAUAGAUGCCGAUCCUAAGUAUGAAAGUUGGAAAAAAGUAUGGGAUGUUGAUGUUAAUGGAGUUUAUUACUGUGCUCAUACCAUUGGAAAGAUCUUUAAGAAACAAGGUAAAGGUUCAUUAAUUUUCACGGCCUCAAUGUCAGGCCAUAUUGCCAAUGUACCUCAAUUACAAGCUCCUUAUAAUGCUGCUAAGGCUGCAGUUAUACAUUUGAGUAAAUCAUUAGCUAUCGAAUGGGCUCCAUUUGCUAGAGUCAAUUCAAUUUCUCCAGGUUAUAUUAUUACUGAUAUUGCUGAUUUCGUACCUCAAGAAAUGAAAGAGAAAUGGUGGCAAAUCAUUCCAUUAGGUAGAGAAGCUUUACCUCAAGAAUUAGUGGGUGCUUAUUUGUAUUUAGCUUCUGAUGCAUCUACCUAUACUACUGGUGCGGACAUUCUUGUCGAUGGUGGUUAUUGUGCUCCAUAAAUUUCAUACAUCCAAUCCGAUUAUCGGGCCAAGCAUUUACAUAUAUACGUCAUAUAUAUCUUACUGUAUUAUUGAUAAUCUUAAUGAAUUUAGAUAUUACUUUUGAAUUUUCGGGGUAGAUCACUUGGAAAAGCCUCCACUGUUAUACCUGCAAGUUCUCGGUAGUCUAACCUACUUUGGCAGUACUCCCUAUAAACAUUGCGUCUCUAAUUGCGAGAAAAGUUGCGAGCAUCCAAUAACACAAUUUGGUUAAACC